AUGCUGCAGACACCUGCCCAGCCUCAAGGGCGCUCUCGCUCAAAUAGCUUGCAACAAAUGCUCGAUCUGGAGAAAAAGCUCAAUUUCCAGCGAACUCAUCAAAGCUCUGUGCCUCCAUCUCCGGCAUGCACUGAUUCCUCUAUUCCUCCAAGUCCCGCCCAUACUCCCCGCCGAUUCGAAUUGGUGCCAAAGGAUAAAAAAGUCCCUCUUCGAAAUUAUUCCGCUAUUCCUCCGCCGCUUUUCUCGUCUCAAUCAGAUCCUGCGCGGUCAGAGUCACCAAACAUGAUUCCUCGAAAACCUGUUGGCCGAGGCAUGUCCCAACCAGCCUCGACAGAACAGCUCAAGGAAUCGUCCGACAAGUCCGCUCAAAAGACUGUGGCAUUUGUAUUUCCUCCAGAUAUUGAAGAGAAGCGUGCUGUAUGUCAAUCGCCCACUUGGGAGGCGUACAAUCGUCAAAAGAAGGAGAAGAAAGAAGAGAAACGAAAAGAGCUUGAGAAGAAGGAAGAAGAGAGGCGAAAAGAAAAGGAGAAAGAAAGAGUCCAGACUAUGGAUCAGGCACUUGAAGAAGCCUGGAAGAAUGCCCCCAAGCCUCGUGGAAGAAAGCUCAGCAAGCCUCCUCCGCCUUCACCAUCAGUGCUCGCCGCCCAAGGCCGUAGCGUCACCGAGCCAGUGCCCACAACACAGAAGCGAAGAUCGCGUUCGUCCAGUUUAUUAGGGUUCUCCAUUGGUAGAAACAAUGAUGAUCCCGAAGAACCGAAGCGAAGCAGUCGAUCCAGCUCACUCUCAUCCAUCUUUCGCAAAUCCUUUGAGAUCAAGAGGGCCUCAUUUGACGAGACGAGUCCCACAGGGUUUCUCGGGGGUAACAAGCUUGAGAAGAAGAAGGAGGAUUUCCAUCAGAAAGUGCUUCAAGAUCAAGCCAAAGGGGACAGCAAGGUUCAUCCAGCUAUGCGAAAGACUUUUCUUGGUCACGGCUCAUUUACACCUCUCAAAGUCAACACUCACAAAGAGGCAGACACAAAGAAAUACCCGCCCAUCUCGAUCAAUACAUCCGUCGCGAAAAUGCCGUCGACAAAACCACAGAAAUCGCCAGGGAGGAGGGGCUCUGUGAAUAUUUAUCUUUGGAGCGCUCGUGCGAGACGGGGUUCUGUUAGUGAUGAUUGUGCUGUUGAUGAUACCGAAGAUGAGGGUGAUCACAAAGUGCACACGCCUGAUAGUGAGAUUCUUUACCACAAGGCUCAGGGUUUGAACCGACGAGGUGGUCUCUAUGUCAAGAAGGAUCAGAAUGAGGACAAGUCUAACACAGAGGACAAGAACCUACCCAAGAAUGCCGAGAAGCAAGCAACACCACGCACUUCAAACCAAAGUCUGAAGCAAAACCCGGUCAAUGUCCCCAACGAUAACCCUCCCAAGCAAGAUACCAUUACAGUCUCAAGGCCACCUAUAGCAUCUGCACAACAUCCACCCAGGAGAUCAUCCGCCGCAUCUGGUCUCUCCAUCCCCCCUACACCUCCGCGACGAAGCUCAAAGAGACGAGGCUCUCUUACCUUGUUAACCCGUCUCAACCACUCUCAACCUUUAGACGAACCAUCAACCGCCAAGAGCGCUCCGGUGGGUAAAUCGUCAAAAGAGAAGUUGUUUAGGCAUAACCCACCGAGUAUCCGCUAUGAGCAGACUCAGCCCGGUGCGCGCCCAAAACCCAUCACCGCAGACCCUGAACCCGCCGUCACCACGAAAUGGAACCUUAAGGAGGCUGCCAGAAGUGCGUUCGGUCGAGGACAUUCUGCUCAGGGAUCUGUUUCUUCGACGGCAAGUUCGUCCACUGUUGGACCUCCAGUGCCGCCAAAGAAUGACCCGCGUGGUUUGAGUACUGCCAAUGCUGCACCUAUCCGUACUCAACACGUUCAUAUCCCUAAACAUCUCACCCCGCCAACAUCCUGUUCUCCAACAGGUCGCAGACCCAUGACGAGCUCUUCUGAAUCAUCAUACUCGGAUGCGAUUCAAUCUGUAUCUCCCCUCAGCACACCGCGCUCAACCCCUCCUCAAUCCGAGAUGGGUCACUCUCCCAGAAUGGUAUCCGGAAAGCCCGCAAACGGCGCGUACUGGUCUUAUGCAAACUCACCUCAACUUGCACCCAGCGAUAAUUCGGAGGCAGACGCGGACGCAGACGUUGACUCUAUCCAAGAAGAAGCCAACAGGGUGAUGGAAACAUUUUCCAACGCCAGUCUCCACAACUCCACUCCUCGCAGACAAACCCCUUCCGACGAUCGAAGCUUUACACACGCUCUCAAGCACAGCAGAGGUCCUGUCCGAUCACCCGUUCAAGGCCACAGACCGACCCUCUCAGAUACUGAAUCAGUAAAAGCUGUCAAAACACUUCGUCGGCAGUCCAAUUUGGAGCACCACCAACACCACGGUGAACCCAGCGCCAAGAUGUUUGUUGAGUGCUGCGCUUGCAGCCGCUACCACGACAUGCCCAGCAAACUAUACGAAGCCAUGUCCAACCCCGACGGUGUUCUAAGCGCUGGCUCGACUGAUUAUGCGGGUAGUCUGAGCAUGACUGUAAAGUGUGCUUGGUGCAGACAUGAGAUGAGCACCAAAUGCUGUGCGGGAUUCGCAGCCAUGGUGUACAUCAAGGAACGAUUCCAUUGA